UCAACGCAGCGGCAUAUGUGGCGCAAAUAAUUGCUUUUUGUGCUGUGCGUAAAUCAAAUUAGACGCGCGUGUUUGUCAGUUUGUGGUCUUCCGCAAUGGCAGAGCGCAUAGCAGCAGCAGCUGCGACGGCAGUAAGCGCUGGUGGUCGCCAUUCGCGUAUUAGUCCAACACCAGGACGUGGCAGUAAGGUCGCCUAUACCUUGUGUCCGCGCAUCGAGCCACCGGAUGAGAAGAUGCAGCAAAUGCAGAGACGGACAUCAGCGACGAAGGCGGCAUCAAAUUGUGUUGCCAUACCUAUGUCAUCCAUUCAGACGAACACAAAAGCGAAUUUUGGUGCCGACAAUACGGCUGGCACAUCGGGUGCUGUGCGCUCCGAACCGAUUUCGUUGUCAGCGCUGGAUCGUGACUGCUUUAUUAUACCGGUACAUAGUGUCAGUCGCUUUCUGCCAGCGGGUAUACCGUUACCCGCACCAUCGGCCGAUGGUAAAACCAAUAGUCCACUCAGUAUACUCGAGGUUUCCGAUCCGAAGCUAUGUAUACUCGUACAUUUGAUGAGCCCAUUGGAACCCAUCGAUCCAAUGCUGGAAUCACCAUUAGCACAUCCAUUGCUGAAGCAACGCGCCGUUGCAGCGGAACUCGUAUCGGAGGUGCAGCAGGCGAAUACGGCGGUGGGUGGCAUGCUCUUGGCCAAUAUGGAGAAAAACGCGGACUUCCCAUUCAUCUCUUACUAUUUAAUUAACACUACACAAACGGAUCCAUCGAACUUUUACUCGGGCAUACGCGUUUCAUCCCUGUCGAAAUUCGAGCCGAAAGCACUAAAAUAUACUGCCGCGCACACUCUAGACUUGUACAGCGAAGUGGCUGCCAUAUGCCGUCCGCCUUUGGUAUUGGCGUCCAAUGAAAAUGGUAGUUUCAAGAAGACACAAACGCCAGCAACAGGCUACAUAAUCAGUGUGUUUAAGGUUUUUGAAGGUGAUGAUGGUGAACGCUUCGAGAAAAAUUGGUUGUACUGGACGGGAGCACGAAUGCUAUAUCGUUAUCUGCCGCGCGCCGCUGGUCUACGUCGCAUCGCACUGCACAAAAGUACUUCGCAACGAGGUGAUAAAAUGUAUUUGCUGGUGUGCGAAUGUGCUGACCUGCUCAAGGAUAUCUCUUCAGCUGCCUUUUUGAUUCCUGCACUGCGAGCACGCCUCUGCGGCUACACAGGACUUUACAAGCCAAUACAAGUAUUCUAAGUAAAUAAAUAACAACAAUAAAAUAUUAACAAAGAGGAGUAUAAGGUGAAUUUGAGACGCAAAGACAAAAAAUGUAAACAGCCGCAUGUGAAUAAUAAAUAAAAUAUACAAACACGAAAUUAAAAGGCAAAAGUUUGCACUAAAUUGAGCGAAAAUUAGCAAUAAAAACGCCAAAUCUACAAAAUGAAGUACACACUAACCCGAGGAACACCAUGAUUAUAGCAAAAGUGAAAAUUAAUAGAAAAAAAUGUAGUUUAUAAGUAACAGUAAUAGUAAAUUAGCACCAAAUCCAUGGCAACAAUGAACUGUUUGAAUGAGAAAAGUUGGCAAUAAAGGUACUGUUAAAAGCAUA